AAACUAAACCGGAAGUGUCUUCUUUUUUUACUCUACUCGUGCCCUUCUCCUUGUUUGUUGCACUACGUUUGCGUCGCCACCAUUCAGAUGAUCUCCGGUCCUCUACGCAGAGGUUGAUGUCGCCGCCGGUGGAGCACGAUUACAUAGGCCGCUCGGAGCGGAAAUCCUCCGCCGGCGGGGUCGAGGUAGGGGAUCUCAACCACGAGGCGACGGAGCUCAGGUUGGGGCUGCCUGGCUCGUCGGAGCCGCCCCACCGCGAGGAGAAGGUCGGGCUCACCCUGAAUUUUCUCCCCAAGGGUUUCGUCUCCGGUUCCAAGAGGGGGUUCUCCGACGCCAACGAUGGGGGCGGGAAGUGGGGGUUCGCCGCCGAGGAGGGCGGAUCUGGGAUGAACUUGGCACAGGGAGGUGGUUUGUUCUCGCAGAAAGGGGAGGUUGCGGCCGCAGCAGAGAGUGCAGUGCAGAUUUCGGGGCGAGGGAAUGUGGGGGAGGAUCUAGCGGUGAAAGUGGCCGGGCAGGAGAGGAAGGUCACAACGCAGGGCCGUGGCUCCGUCGGGAACGAUAGUCCGACUGCUCCUGCAGCCAAGGCACAGGUGGUUGGUUGGCCACCGAUCCGUAGUUACCGGAAGAGUACAAUGACUAUAAAUCCAACUAAGAUUAAAGAUGUUGCUGAUGGAAUACAGGAGCUAGGGUGUUAUGUGAAGGUUAGCAUGGAUGGAGCCCCUUAUCUCAGGAAAGUUGAUCUGAAAAUAUACAAAAACUAUAGGGAACUUUCAUCAGCACUUGAGAAAAUGUUCAGUGGCUUCACAAUUAGUCAGUGUGGUUCUUGUGGAAUACCCGGCAAAGAGGGAUUAUCUGAGAAUCAUUUGAUGGUUCUUCUGAAUGGUUCUGGCUAUGCCAUUACUUAUGAAGACAAGGAUGGAGACUGGAUGCUUGUGGGUGAUGUUCCAUGGGAGAUGUUCACAAACUCAUGCAGGAAGCUGAGGAUCAUGAAAGGUUCAGAUGCUAUUGGAGUCGCUCCAAGGGCCAUGGAGAAAUGCAAGAACCUGAACUAGACACAUUAUCAUGUCGCCAAGAAUGAACGCGAUAAUCUGUAAGUGUAGUUGUGAAUGGAAGUUGAAAGGUUGUUAGUCAUCAAUUGUUUCAUAUAUGUUAUACUUUGUGGCUUGCUGUUCUGAAUAGACUGUGAAAGCGUGUUACUAGGUUCUGAUGCUCAAGUCAGGAUCCAAGUUCUGUUAGACUAUGCUCACUUGAAUUUCUGGAUAUCUCCUUUGUAAUUGUAAUAUAAAGGUUUGGAUUGCUGUUUGCAACUUA